CCGGCCCGGCAGCAGCUCCGGGAGCUUCCCGGUACGUGCGGACCUGCCGCCGCCGUGCCCGGAGCCAGCAGUGUCGCCGCCGCUCCGGAGCCGCCGCGGAGCCGCCGCCGUGCCCGGAGCCAGCGGUGCCGCUGGUGCCGCGGAGCUGCCGCAGUGCCCGGAGCCGCCGGUGCUCCGGAGCCGCCGCGCUAUGGAGCCUCCGGGCACGGCCGGCGCACCGGGAGCGGCGGGGCGGCCCUGGGACGAGGCCAAAGCUUUCUACGACAACCUCGCCCCUAAGAAGAAACCCAAAUCGCCCAAGCCCGAGAACGCCAUCACCAUCGCGGUGUCCUCCCGGGCGCUCUUCCGCAUGGAGGAGGAGCAGAAGAUUUACAGUGAGCAAGGGGUGGAGGCCUAUGUGAAGUACCAGCUGGACCACGAGAAUGAGCCCUUCCUCCCUGGGGCUGCCUUCCCCUUCGUCAAGGCGCUGGAGGCGGUGAACACGCAGCUGCGGGAGCUCUACCCUGACAGCGAGGAGCUCUUCGACAUCGUCCUCAUGACCAACAACCAUGCCCAGGUUGGGGUUCGUUUGAUCAACAGCAUCAACCACCAUGGUCUGUUCAUCGAGAGGUUCUGCAUGACAGGAGGGAACAGCCCCAUCUGUUACCUCAAGGCCUACCACACCAACCUCUACCUCUCCUCUGACGCCGAGAAAGUGAGUGGGGCCAUUGAAGAGGGGAUUGCUGCAGCCACCAUCUUCAGCCCCAGCAAAGACCUGGAGGUGUCGGAGAGCCAGCUGCGGGUGGCGUUCGACGGCGACGCCGUGCUGUUCUCCGACGAGUCGGAGCAGAUCGUGAAGGCUCACGGCUUGGACAAGUUCUUUGAGCAUGAGCAGACCCACGAGAACAAGCCUCUGGCACAGGGCCCCCUGAAGGGCUUCCUGGAGGCCCUGGGGAAGCUGCAGAAGAAGUUCUACUCCAAGGGGCUGAGGAUGGAGUGUCCCAUCCGUACCUACCUGGUCACCGCCCGCAGCGCCGCCAGCUCGGGAGCCAGGGCUCUAAAGACUCUGCGCAGCUGGGGCCUGGAGACCGACGAAGCUUUGUUCCUGGCCGGGGCUCCCAAGGGUCCCCUGCUGAGGAAGAUUCGUCCUCACAUCUUCUUUGAUGACCAGAUGUUCCACGUGGAGGGAGCCAAGGAGCUGGGCACUGUGGCUGCCCACGUCCCUUAUGGGGUUGCCCAGAAGCACAAGCGGCCGGCGCAGGAGAAGCAGACCCCGAACAGCAAGUAGUGGAAGCUGCCUGGUGCCUUGGACCCUGGUGUGUGGCACAGGCUUCACCCCCUGCUCCGUGUUCUGCUCCACAAGACCAAGAGCAUUUGUCUUGGAGACCAGUGGGAGCCUUGCUGGGGGCAUGGAUGGAGGAUGGGGGUUCUCAGGAGGUUUCCUUUUGCUGCUGUAGUCAUUGCCGUGUGGUGGUGUUAGCCCCAGCCCUGGUGGGGUUGGAGAGUGCCCUGUGCCAGGCCAGCCCCAUGAGAGUCUCCAUGGGGAGUGCCCUGUGCCAGGCCAGCCCCAUGACAGUCUCCUUCCUCCAUCCCUCUGCACAUUGCUCAGGCAAAAACCCCCUCCAGGAUGCAUCCUGCCUCUUGUAGGCUGGGCAGGUUUGACCUCUUGGUGUUUCUUUAAAGCCCUUUGAUGGCCAAAGCAAAACCUGCAGGCUGAACUGGAAAAGUGGAAAGUUGGGGAGCAUACAAAACCCACUCCAUGCAGCUUUGAACCCAGAUGUCCCUUUUGAAUUCAAAUGAAAACCAGACUAUUGCUCCUUCACACACCCCAGCUGGGAGAGGGGGAAAAAACCCCAAACCACCCCAACAACCUUCCAUAUCUUUGUCCACCCUUCAGGAUUUCCUCAGCUGAGCAGCUUUCCAAACCUGGAAAAUGAGAAACAAAUCUGUUGAAAUGGGGAGGAAAAAAAAAAGAGAGA